UUAAUUACAAUUAUUUUCGUAAACAUAUUAAGUGUUUACGAUAACAAUAUUGCAGCGCAUUUUGAUUUAUCAUAAAAACAACAUUUUAAUGGAAUUAUAAAUCUCAUGAUUGACUGAUUAUUUAAUUUAUUUAAUCAAAUAUUUGUGUUUCAAACUAAUUAUGGAAUUCAAUUCAUCAGAGUCCGAAUAUAACUCAUGUGAUUACAAAAAGUGUAAAUACUUGCGAAACAGACUGAAGUUCAGUGAGAAAGAGAGAACUAGUGGACUGAUAAUUGUCGACAAAAUGCCAAAUAAACCCAAAAAGGAUAAAAUAAUUGUCGACAAAAUGCCAAAUAAACCCAAAAAGGAUAAAAUUUCUGUUAAAAACAAUUCAAACAACAUUAGAGACCAAAACCAGAAGGAGACCAAUGAUACCACGGAUGAGGUGGAGAAGAGGAAUAAUAACAACAGUUAUGUGAACGAGACUAUGAAAGUGUGUCCAAACAGUCUCAUGAAUACCAACCAAACAAACCAAAAGCCCAAGUUUUCGGGCGUUUCGCCGACUCUGAAGACUUCUCGCCGGCAGUCGUCGUCCCGAUUCAAUAUCAGCCAAAAUCGUGAAAUUCAAAAACUGCCCGCUCUUAAGGACGCCACCCCUUCUGAACGCGAAGAACUGUUUAUUCAAAAACUAAACCAAUGCUGUGUUUUGUUUGACUUCGCCACGGAUCCGUUAAGUGAUCUCAAAUGGAAAGAAGUGAAAAGGGCUGCCCUUCACGAACUCGUCGAGUAUAUCAUGACUCAGAGGAAUGUGAUCACCGAAAACAUAUACCCAGAAGUGGUUAAUAUGCAGUGA